GAGAAUAUUAUGACAUUUGUGAAGAACGAGCUGAAGAUGUUCAAGAGGAUUCUUAGUCCAGAACUCCCAGAAGGCUUUGAGAGUCAGAAGCAGGAUAAGGAAGUGGUGGACACUGAAGAUGAGAAGCAGGAGAGCAGUGCCAGAGAGGGGGCUCUGAAGAUCACACUGCACGUCCUGAGGAAAAUGAACCAGAAGGAGCUUGCUGACACACUGGAGAAAAAUGAGCUUGCUGUGAUUUGCCAACGUGAACUCAAAUCUAAUCUAAAGAAGAAGUUUCAAUGUGUAUUUGAGGGGAUCGCUAAACAAGGAAACCCAACACUUCUCAAUAAGAUCUACACAGAGCUCUACAUCACAAAGGGUGGAACAGGAGAGGUCAAUAAUGAACAUGAGCUGAGACAGAUUGAGACAACAACCAGGAAACAAGCAAGACCAGAGACUGCAAUCAAAUGUAACGACAUCUUCAAACCCUUAACUGGACAAGACAAACGUAUCAGAACUGUGCUGACAAAGGGAGUUGCUGGCAUUGGAAAAACAGUCUCUGUGCAGAAGUUCAUUCUGGACUGGGCUGAAGCAAAAGCAAAUCAGGAUGUCCAAUUUGUAUUUUCAGUCCCUUUUCGGGAGCUGAAUUUGAUGAAAGAGGACAAACACACUUUCAUUGAACUUCUCAAUCACUUCUCAAUGGAAACCAAACAAUCAAGAAUCUCAAACUACGACAAGUACAAAGUUCUGUUCAUCUUUGAUGGUCUGGAUGAGUGCCGACUGCCCCUAGACUUCCAGAAGAACAAGAUCUGUUGGGACGUCACAGAGUCAACCUCAGUGGAUGUUCUGCUGACAAAUCUCAUCAAGGGAAAUCUGCUUCCCUCUGCUCUCCUCUGGAUAACUACCCGACCUGCAGCAGCCAAUAAGAUCCCUUCAGGGUGUGUUGACCAGGUGACAGAGGUACAAGGUUUCAAUGACCCACAGAAGGAGGAGUACUUCAGAAAGAGAUUUAGUGAUGAAGACAUGGCCAGUAGAAUCAUCUCACACAUAAAGACAUCAAGGAGCCUCCACAUCAUGUGCCACAUUCCAGUCUUCUGUUGGAUUUCUGCAACAGUCCUUGAACACAUGCUGAAACAUAAGAGAGAAGAGAUGCCCAAGACUCUGACUGAGAUGUACACACACCUUGUGGAGUUUCAUACCAAACAGAAGAAUGAAAAGUAUCUUGGGAAAGAAGAGACAGGUCCACACUGGAAUAAAGAGAGCAUUCUGUCACUGGGAAAACUGGCUUUUCAACAGCUUGUGAAGGGCAAUCUGAUUUUCUAUGAAGAAGACCUGAAAGAGGCUGGCAUUGAUAUCAAUGAAGCCUCAGUGUACUCAGGAUUGUGCACACAGCUCUUUAAAGAGGAAUGUGGGCUGUACCAGGAGAAGGUGUACUGCUUUGUUCAUCUGAGCAUUCAGGAGUUUCUGGCUGCUGUAUAUGUGUUCCUCUCAUUCAUCAACAACAAUGAGAAUCUCAUGGACAAACUGCAAACAAAAUCCAGUAAGUUUUCUUCGCUGUUCAGAGACGAGCCUGAAGUUACUUUCUACAAGAGUGCUGUGGAUAACGCCUUACAAAGUGAGACGGGAAACUUGAACAUUUUUCUUCGCUUCCUUCUGGGCCUCUCACUGGAGUCCAAUCAGAAGCACUUACGAGGUUUACUGACAAAGACAAGAAGCAGCUCACAGACCCAUGAAGAAACAGUCAAGUACAUCAAGGAGAAGAUCAGGGAGAAUCCCUCUCCAGAGAGGAGCAUCAAUCUGUUCCACUGUCUGAAUGAACUGAAUGACCAUUCUCUAGUGGAGGAGAUCCAAAGCUACCUGAGAACAGGAAGUCUUUCUAGAGCCAAACUGUCACCUGCACAGUGGUCAGCUCUGGUCUUUGUGUUGCUGACUUCAGAAAAGGAGCUGGAUGUGUUUGACCUGAAGAAAUACUCCAGAUCAGAGGAAGGUCUUCUGAUGCUGCUGCCAGUGGUCAAUGCCUCCAGAGCUGCUCUGCUGUCAGGCUGUGGAGUCACAGAGGAAGGCUGUGCUUCUCUGGUCUCAGCUCUGGAGUCAAACCCCUCACACCUGAGAGAGCUGGAUCUGAGUAACAAUGACCUGAAGGAUUCAGGAGUGAAGCUGCUCUCUGCUGGACUGGGGAAUCCGCACUGUAAACUGGAGACUCUGAGGCUGUCAGGCUGUGGAGUCACAGAGGAAGGCUGUGCUUCUCUGGUCUCAGCUCUGAGGUCAAACCCCUCACACCUGAGAGAGCUGGAUCUGAGUAACAAUGACCUGAAGGAUUCAGGAGUGAAGCUGCUCUCUGCUGGACUGGGGAAUCCCCACUGUAAACUGGAGACUCUGAGGCUGUCACGCUGUCAAGUGACAGAGGAAGGCUGUGCUUCUCUGGUCUCAACUCUGAGGUCAAACCCCUCACACCUGAGAGAGCUGGACCUGAGCUACAAUCACCCAGGAGACUCAGGAGUCAGACUGCUCUCUGCUGGACUGGAGGAUCCACACUGCAGACUGGAGAAACUCAAUGUGGAACAUGGUGGAGAGUACACAAUGAAACCUGGGCUUAGAAAAUAUGUCUGUGAUCUCACACUGGACCCAAACACAGUAAACAGACUCCUCUCUCUGUCUGAGGAGAACAGAAAGGUGACAUGUAUGAGAGAGGAGCAGCCGUAUCCUGAUCACCCAGAGAGAUUUGAGGACUGUCAACAGGUGCUGUGUAGAGAGGGUCUGACUGGGUGCUGUUACUGGGAGGUAGAGUGGAGUGGGAGAGAGGCUGCUAUAGGAGUGACGUAUAAAGGAAUCAACAGGAGAGGAAGGGUUAAGGACUGUUGUCUUGGAUGGAAUGACAAGUCCUGGAGUCUGUUCUGCUCUGACAACUGUUACAUUGUCUGGCACAAUAAUAAUCUCACUACCAUAAACGUCCGCCCCUGCAGACCCCACAGAGUAGGAGUGUAUCUGGACUGGCCAGCCGGCACUCUAUCCUUCUAUAGAGCCUCCUCUGACACACUGACCCACCUGAUCACAUUCUCCUCCACAUUCACUGAGCCCCUCUAUCCAGGGUUUUGGGUUAAUGAUGAUUCCUCAGUGUCCCUGUGUCAAACACAACAUGAUGUUUCACUCUAAUCAUGUAUGUUAUGUUUGAUCAGAUUAUGACAUUUAAAUACAUGGAGUAACACACACCAAUUUCAGGCCAGUUUAUUACUGUAAAUAAUAUAGACCUCUGUGUCUGUCUCUUUCCAUGGUCCUCUGGACACACACUCACACACACAUGCACGCACACACACACACACACACACACACACACACACACACACUGGAGACACACUGGAGACACACACAA